AUGAGUGUAAAUCCUAGAGCAACAAUAACAGAAGCCCUAGUAUCCAAUGGUAAUGGUAGUAACGGCACUCCUGUAAACAAUGUUACCAGUAAACAUCUAAUUAACAGCGCUCCCACUAAUAAUAUCACUAAUAAAAUAAAUUUUAUAAAUAUAUCUGAAUUAAUAGACGAUUUAAAUGAGGCCUUGGGUAAACAAUUAUGGAUAAAAUAUGCUCAGUCUGUCUCUUUGUUCAUAUUAGGUAAGAGAACCAGGACAGAAUUAGUCCAAGAUAUCAAUAGUAUAAUAUAUGAAUUGGACAAUCUUACUACCACUACUACUACUACUACUACUACUACUACUACUACUACUACUACUACCACUACUACUACUACUAACCCUAACACUACUAGCACCACUAUUUAUAAGUUGCAUAAUCAAUUGAUGCUAACUAUUUUGGCUAAUUCCUUAAUAUCAAAUAAAAAUGGCGUAAAUAUUGGAAAUGGCUUUAACACGGUUACCGAUAUUGGCAAUAGUACUGUCAAUGGUAAUAAACCCAAUAAAGUUACAAAAACGCAACAAAAACAACAUCAAACCUCGCAAAUUGAAAGUUAUAAAAGAGUCGUUAUGUCACUACCCAUACAGGACCGUAAAAGAAUGAGUAAAAUUACAAGAGAAGCUGGGAAAAGGGGAUUUGUUUUAUGUUCUGUGUUACAAACCAGAUUAGCCACUUUACCCAAGAUACCUGCUAUUGCAUCACAAGAAACUUUGAAUAGGAUAAGAAACUACCAGCAGCAGCAACAACAACAACAACAACAACAGCAACAACCAGGGAAGGGUCCAGAUAACAGUAGCAAGAAUAAUAAAUCUACAAAAAAUAAUGUGGCCAAUGAAACUAUAGGUACUCCUUUAGAAUGGUCACAUGAAGUAUGUAACGCUUACACUCAACCUCUAUCCCAGGAACUAUAUGCCUUGCCAGAUAAUGAAAAUCUAUACACUAGGAUGGUGGGUCUUGCUAGAGAAAAUGGACUUGUUGGUACUGUGGAUGUUAAAUGCUGUGAUGUAUUAAAUUGUGCUUUAGAGCAAUAUUUAAGAAAUAUAGUUGAAAGCGGAAUCGACUUCAUUAGAUACAGAGCCAAGAAAUAUAGUGGGUUAUAUGACUUAGAUGAAAAUGGGUUUUAUACUGAGGUGGAUACUACUAAUACUUAUAAUUCUAAUGGACACGAUGCUCAUAAAAACAAAUGGGGCACUGCUAGUAAUGACAAUAGUAAUAAUAUGAAGGACACUACCAAGCAUAAGGAACCCAUGUCAUCAUUGUUCUUGACUAAUGAGGAUUUACUAGAUACUUUUUCUUUAUAUCCUAACUUAAUUGAACCAAGCUCUGUAUACUAUAAUCUAACCUGUAAUUAUUCAAGAAAUGAUGACGAAAUGGUUAUAAAGAAAAGUAGGAUAGAUGAUAUGCCUUUUUUCGAAAAGGAAAAACCUUCUUUCGUCCCAGUUGAUGAUAGGAAUAACGGCACAAGAGAAGAGUUAAAUUGGUUGAUCAGAAACAUAUUGACUAAUGAAUGA